UAUCGGAGAAGGUAUUGCCCGCAGGGUAUUGCAUACCCCAAAUAUAUCCAUAUAUAUAUAGCCAUAUAUGCGUUGUAAUUACUUGUCUCCUUCUUAACUUUACAUGCCACACUCCAAUUCAAAACCUGAGCCAAAAAUAGAAAAGGCCUUCAAAAGUGUGCCAAAAUGGCUAAAGCUGGUUUAAUAGUUUGUGUAGUGAUUGUAGCUAUGGAUGUUGCUGCUGGAAUUCUCAGUAUUGAAGCAGAAAAGGCACAAAACAGGGUGAAACAUAAGAGGCUGCGGAUUUUCGAGUGCAAAGAUGCAAGCCGCGAUGCUCUUAAACUUGGGUUAGCUGCAGUUGUGCUUCUGACUCUAGCCAAUGUUACAAUGAGUUUGCUUGCUGGUUGCACUUGCAUUUAUUCAACAGAAGAGCACGAAAGCUCUUCUGCUACCAGGCGGGCAUCGUUUGCUUGUCUCAUUUUCUCAUGGUUUACGGCGGCCGUUGGAUUUCCUAUGCUGAUUAUUGGGACGUUGGCAAAUUCAAAAUCAAGAGAAUCAUGUGGGAUACUGCAUCAUCAUCUUCUAUCUAUUGGAGGGAUAUUAUGCUUUAUCCAUGGCCUAUGUUGCAUAGCAUAUUACAUUUCUGUAACUGUCAACAUUGGAAAAGAAAGUUCUUAAAUUCUUGGAUGUUAUGGCCUAACAAAUCUUUGUAAGACAAACAACAAUACAAAAAAUGUGUUGAGGUUUUCUGUUUUGGAAAACAUUUUUUCUUGUCA